AUGACAAAGCCGGCGCGCUGCGGCCAGGCAGCCCUGCUCUUUUCCCCCGGCGCUGGCGCGGCAGAGUCCGGGCGCACAAGGAGCGGCCGGCGGGAGUGGAGCUCAGCCUCUGGCCAUGGGGAGUCCGCCCAACACAGAGGGGCUCCGGCCCCGCCGCCCCUCCCCGCGCAGGCCAGUCCCCGCCUCGGCUCGGGAAACAGGCAAGGAAAUGCAGGCCGGGAGGUGCGGACGGUGCUGCAGGGCCUCCAGGCCUCCGUCUGGGGAGCCGCGGGCGGCGUCGGGCGGGCGGCGGAGGAGCCGGGCGCGAGGCCGAGCCCCCCGUGGCUGCGCCCGGCCGCGGGCGGUGAGGCGGCUCUCCAGGAAGCGGUGGGCGCGCCUCGGUUUACUUCUCGGCCCCCGGGGCCGGCUGGGAGGGCCCGCUUCCUGGCGCGGUCGCGCUCCCGCCCGCAGGGCCGACCUGGCCGAGGCUCGUGUGGGGCCCCAAGGCCGUCGCCUUCCCCCGCGGCACUGCGGCGACAGGGCGCCGGCUCAGCGACCUCGGGGCGGUGCCCGGUUUCCCAGGGGCCGCCGGGGCCGCCGCCGCCGGUCCUCCCGCCGCCUGCGGACGCCGUGCCCGGGACCCGCCGACGGAGCGCGGCCUCGGCUCCCGCGCCCGCCCCGCGCCUCCGGGGCCCCGACGGCCGGCGGGAGCAGCUCCCCCGGCUCGAGGGAGGGAGACGCGCUCUCCCCGCGGCCCACAGUCCUGCAACAGCCGCGCGAAUGGCCCGCGCCUCGCGCCCCGGCGGCCGGGCCCCGCCGGGUGAGCGGCGGCCCGAGGCAGCAGCGCUUCCCCGGCGCCGCUCGGCUCGUCCCGCGGCCCGCUCCUGGCGGGGCCCUGAGACACCCCCGUGCCCGCUCCUGGCGGGGAGACAGGCCCCGAGCCCCGCAGCCUCGGGUCGGUCUGGCUACGCGGCGCGAGCGGCGGGAAAAGGGCAGCCUGAAAGGACCUCUUGGCUCGAUGUCUGCGAGUCUGACUCCCAGAAGCCCGUGGAUUCUCUGAUGUCCUUGGCCUGUGGUGAGGGUUUCUGGGCUGCUACCCGGAUGUUCCCAAGCGGCGGCCGGAGGUCGUCUUUCCCGGAGGUGCAGGAAGCCCGCGAGGAGCCCUUGCCCGGCACGCAGGCCCUUCCAGCCCGGGCGCACGAGCCACUGGCCGCCCGCAGCCCUCCUGCCUCCCCGGGGCCCUGA